GCAGGGGCGUCCAUCCAGCCGCUCGCCGACCCCGCCAGCGCCGAGCCCGAGAGGGCGAACGGGCCGGCCGCCCCCGAGGCUCAGGACGACGCUGCCGCGCCGUCGGACGAGGGCCCCCCCGAGGUCCAGGCCGCCGGCGCGCCCGAGCCCGCACGGUGUGGUGAGGCGGGCGGGAGGGCCGGCCCCGGCUGCCUGCUCGGAGGCGAGAGGGAGCGGUGGUGCCCUGCGGGCCACCCGUUGCUGGAGUUCCACGCCAGGGCCGGGUACGCGUGCAACCUGUGCCAGGUGGUCGUAGGGGUGGAGGGCGCCGCCAAUGUGGGGCUGCCGCGCCUGCGACCACGACGAGUGCCAGCGCUGCGCCGGCGCCCCUGGCGCUCCCGAGCCGCCGCCGGGGCGCUGCUGCCCGAGGGGCCACCUGCUCGUCGAGCGCGCGGCGCCGGCGAGCGGGCUGUGGAGCCGGGCGCGGUGCCGGAGCUGCCAGGCGGUGGUGCGGGUGCGGCAGAAGGCGCCCGUCUGGGGCUGCCGGGCCUGCCGCUACGACGUGUGCGAGGGGUGCUUCCUGCGGCGGGCGGGGCAGCACGCGGUCUGCGCCUGACGCUCCUGGCAGCCCCCUCCUUUUUCUCCUCCUCCGUCUCAUGGGAUGUCUCUGACUCUCCUCGCCCCUCUCUACUGCCGUCGUGGUUCCCGCCGCUCCGGCCCGCGGCGCUUUUAACUUCAUGA